GUUCUCUAAUAUUUUAUAAUCUAUUAUCUAACUAAAUCGAUUAAAAAUAUUUUAUAUUGGUAACAUCUCAUAAUUUAAAUUUCGAACUAUGGUAGCAUAUAAUAUUAGUAGUAAGAGUUCUAACAAGAAAUAAGAAUCUAAAUAGUACAAUACUAAAUACCGAAGCCUAGGUUUAAAAUGAAGACUUAUUGCCACUUAGUUUUUAUAGUUGGAUCUGUACUUUGCAUUGAACAUGAUUUUAAAGGCUUUGAUGAUACUAUAUUAUUUAGAAUAAAUUGGCCUGGAAAACUUGAGAACUUUGUGGAAACAAGAGUUAAAACUGAGCAAAAAGACCUCUUGCAAGUGACAACAUCAUUCAGUGAACAAUAUGCAUGUCACCUACCUAUUCUACACAGUAAGGGUACCUCAAGUUCUGAAGAUUACACAGGGCCAACUCCAUUAGAGCUGCUAAAACCAAUAUUUUCUCAAAAAAUUUGCUCAUAUCGACUAGAAGGAUAUUGGAGUUAUGAAGUCUGUCAUGGUAGACAUGCCCGUCAAUAUCAUGAAGACCGUGAAGGUAAACAACCGAAGACACAUGAAUAUUACCUGGGCCGGUGGCCAACAGAGCAAUAUACAAAGUUUCUUGAAGAAUUGAGUACAGCUUAUGACCCUAAUAAGGAACUGAUGACGACCAAGGUUGAGGGAUACACUCUGCCAUAUGUAGAACUUGUUAUGGGUGAUGGCACGUUUUGCGAGAUCAGUGGUCAGCCACGUAAGACUCGCAUUUUGUAUGUUUGCUACACUCACGGAAAACAUGAAGUAUACUCGAUGAAGGAGACUGUAUCUUGUGAAUAUGAAAUAGUGAUUUUAUCAGGACUUCUCUGUGACCAUCCCAAGUUUAAGCCGCAAGUCUUAGAAGAGAAUUCCAUUGAUUGUUUUGCAAUGGGUGAUACACCAAAGAAACCUCGUAAUCUAUUGCAAUUUGAAGUUGAGAGCUUGAGAAUGAACCAUCAGUCAAUAAGAUUAGGACAUAAUGAAAAUGAUGCUAAAGAUGUACUUGCUGUUUUGAAAGUUGAGAAAAUUGAUAAGGACGGUGAAACACAUCUGAAGUUCGAGUUGCAUCCGCUUACUGAUGACAGUGGACCUUCAGAGAAUAAGUUGUCGUCAAUUGAAUCAAAGCUGGCGCCAGUGAACGAUGAUUCACCAGUACGGGCCUUCCUCAACGGUGAUGACUGUUUGCAUGGAGGUACCGGUUGGUGGAAAUACGAGUUCUGUUUCGGUAAACAUGUGACACAAUACCAUGUAGAACGUAAUGGAGAGAAAACUACAUUGACGCUAGGGAAGUUCGACGAGGAAGCUCAUUUGAAUUGGAUCAAGGAUAAUCGGGGAAAAGCGCCUAAACCUAUAGAGGAAAGAAAGUCUGUAUCACACUUCUAUUCGAAUGGUGACGUGUGUGAUGAAACGGGUAAACCGCGACAGACUGAGGUGAAACUCAAGUGCUUGGAGAACUCUUCAAGUCCAGCCCAGGUCUCCCUCUAUCUCCUCGAGCCGAGGACUUGUAACUACAUCCUUGGUGUUGAGUCUCCACUUAUUUGCAAGAUUUUACCGCUGGCCGAUGAGAAUGGGCUCAUCCAAAUGAACCAUGAGGAUAUCAGCAAGGAGACGAAGAAGAAUGAUUAGUAAUAAAUAUUUAUUGAACUA